CUCCCCAGUAACUAACCAAAGAGUACUUUCAAUUUCUUAACGGUCCGCCCAACAACAAAACUGUAAAAAUGGCGACACCCACGUUGUUUCAUCAUCAGCAUUUCCAGCUGAAGUACAACUCCCAACUUCUCCAAAAAAACUCCAAUCUUGAUCAAUGCUCAUCACCUCCAAAAACUCUUCUCCUUCUACUACUCCAUGACUUUACACUUCUCUGCUCAUUCAACAAAUACUUGCAAAUAUGACCACCCUUUUCAAUCUUUCAUUUUUCCAUCUUCUUCCCUUCAUAUUAUUCCUCAAAUCUGCAUCUGGGUUUGGUUCAAUGGGACCUAUUUCAGCUGCUUUUGGUAAAAAUGGUUUUUUUUGUGCUAUUGAUGCCAGUGGCAAACAAGAUGUCAUUUGUUGGGGCAAUAAAACUAAUUCCUCUGCUGCAGUACCCAACUCCUCUAACUACCCUACUGAUGUUCCCCCCAUGGCUGCUCUCUCUGGUGGCGAUGGUUUUCUUUGUGGCAUUUUAGCAAACACUUCACAGGCAUUUUGUUGGGACUCUUUAGGUUCAAGGUCUGAUCUUGUUCCUACUGUGUUUAAAUCCAAUGCUUACUCACAUAUUGCUGCUGGAAAAAGUCAUGUGUGUGCUAUUAGGGGACCUUAUUAUUCAGAAAGUGAUUGGGGUAGUGUUGAUUGUUGGGAUAUUAUUCGAAAAUCGAAUGAUAAUGAUACUUUUAUAUCAAGGGAGAGUUCUUUGUUUUAUAAUCAGUAUACUAACUCAACUGCUUUUAAAAAAAUAGUUUCUGGAGAUGGGUUUAGUUGUGGGGGUGUUAGGGAUGGAGGGAUUUUUUGUUGGGGUCCAAAUUCAAGUGGCCUUGGAAGUUCAAGCAUAUCGGAGAAUGUUCAUGUUUUAACUGCAGGGAUUGAUUCUGUUUGUGGGGUUUUAGAAGAGUCUAAUGAGGUCAAAUGUUGGGGUGGUAAUAAUGCCUCGUUUGGUAAUCCUCCGGUUGGGGUGCCAUUCGUGUCGUUAGCAGCUGGUGUGCAUCACUUUUGUGGGAUUCGAAAAGAUAAUCAUGGGAUUGAAUGUUGGGGAAACUAUAAUUCAUCUUUGAUUCCAAAAGGAUCAGGCUUUCUUGCUAUUGCUUCCUCUGAUUUUAUCACUUGUGGUAUUAGGGAAGGCGAUUUAGUUCUUGAUUGCUGGUAUACGAAUGUUUCAUCACAAGUAGAUUAUGAUCCGCCGUUGCAGCUGUGUAGUCCGGGCUUGUGUACUCCUACUAGUUCUUGCGGGGAAGGAAAAUUUUCUUUUAAUGCAAGCCUUCUAAAUGAGCCUGAUUUGAUAAAUCUGUGUCUUAGGAAAGAUCUAAAGAUUUGUUCACCUUGUGGGGUGAAUUGUUCCGAAGGAUUCUUCCCUUCUAGCUCUUGUACUGAGAAUGCAGACAGGGUUUGUACACCUUGUUCUCUUUGCCAAAAUAGCUCUUGUUCGGAUGUUUGCAGGCUUCAAAACUCAGCAAUGAUGAAGCAUCAACAUCAGCAUCAAUUGCGUCAACUACUGCUCAUAGUCGGGUCUUCUGCUUUGGGUUUCUUGUUAUGUUUAGUUGGGUUAUGUUUGUUAAUCCGCAUGAUAGGCAGCAGAACUAAACAAGGUGGAAAGAACCAAUUCGCCUCAUGUAUUCGCAAGCCCGAGAAGGAAACUGAUGCAAAUACCGACCCUCAUCCUCCUGUGUCAGUGGCACCGUGUCCGGGGGAAGCUCAGGUUUUCCGACUCUCAGAGUUGAAAGAUGCCACUAACGGGUUCAAGGAGUUCAACGAACUUGGAAGGGGAAGUUAUGGAUUUGUUUAUAAAGCUGUUCUGGCUGAUGGGAGGCAAGUAGCAGUAAAGAGAGCCAAUGCUGCUACGAUUAUACACACCAACAGCCGAGAGUUUGAGAUGGAGCUAGAGAUCCUCUGCAGUGUUCGCCACAGCAGUAUAGUUAAUUUGUUAGGUUAUUGUGCAGAAAUGGGGGAACAGAUUCUUGUUUACGAACUCAUGCCUCAUGGAACGCUUAACGACCACCUCCACGGUGGUCUUUCUCCUCUGAGCUGGAACCUUAGGCUGAAGAUUGCAAUGCAGGCUGCAAAGGGGAUCGAGUACCUUCACAAGGAAGUUUCUCCUCCUAUUGUGCACCGUGAUGUGAAGAGUUCGAACAUUCUCUUGGACGCUGAUUGGGGAGCUCGUAUUGCAGAUUUUGGACUGCUUACACCUAAUGAGAAGGAUCUUAAUGGAGAUGUGACGACUGAUGUCUAUAACUUUGGAAUCGUGCUGCUAGAGAUUCUUAGUGGAAGAAAAGCUUAUGACAGGGAUUGCACACCUCCAAGUAUUAUUGACUGGGCACUGCCUCUGAUCAGACAAGGCAAAGCAGCUGUCAUCAUAGAUCGUUAUGUUGCUCUUCCAAGAAAUGUCGAACCUCUACUUAAACUUGCUGAAAUUGCAGAGCAGGCAUUACGGGAAAAUCCUGCUGAGCGCCCUGAUAUGUCGCAUUUGGCACUUCUGUUAGAGCAGCUAGUGAAGGAUGUAAUGAUAUCAUAACCUUCUUGUCGGAAUCUUUAUAUUAGUUUUUUGGUGGAUUGAAAUUUUUCAGAAAACAAAAUCAGAGGAUAGCAUAUUGGCCGAAAGGUUGAGAUGAGGAAAUUGACAGAAGGGAAAUGAAGGAAAGAAAUAGUACGUUAUGCUUUGCACCUCUCAUCAAAUACUUCCAAAACAAAACAAUUUAAAAAAGAAUGCAAAUUUACUUGCUUUAUCAUGCUGGAAAAGAAAAGAAAGGUGAUUAAGUGCUAAAAACAAAAUGGAGGGGUACAAGAAACAUAUGUCCCUUUAGCUUUUGACUGUGAAUAACUGCUUUUCAACAGCUUCCUAAGUUUAGAAACCCCCACUAAAAGGUCAGUGCUUCACCAAUUAGAAGGAAAAAUAAAAUAACAAAUCAAGGAGUUCUUUAUUGAGUAAGUGGUUUCUUCAGCUAUGACCUUUGUACUAAAUUAAAGGGCAGUCCAAUGCAUGAAGUAUCACGCGUUUAAGUAAGGUCCGGGAAAGAGCCGCACUCAAUGGAGUGUGAUGUAAGCAGUCUACCUUAAUGUAUUCCAUAGCUCGAACCCGUAACAUUUGUACUAAACUGCCAUCUCAAAAGAUGGUAGUUUUCCAGUGAGAAAAAGUUGAUUGGAAAAGAGAGAAAAUAUGGGAGCCAGUUCAAACUCAAUGAGUUAUACUGUGCUUGUUCUACCUUUUAGUUAUAGCCGCCCCUCCUUUUCUUUUUUCCCUAUAAAUUCUGUUGCAGAGGACACUUUAGCCUAUAACAUUUUGUAGUAGUUUCACCAGAACCUUGGCUAUACAGAAAAUCAAGACAAGUUGUUUGAUUCAGUCUCGAGUCUGGAAAUCAAGAAAGGUAAGUAUCAUAUGUAAGUAGGUAGCAUCUAGAAUAGAAUUCAGAGCAGCUAAGAAAAAAAUAUAGUACCUUGCAGGCCGGUCGUCAUUGCACACUAGCCGGUCAGUGGGGGUAAGAGAGUGUUCCGUUGGUGUUCUCAAUCUGAUUCAGUCUAGAGUCUUAAAAUCAUGAAAGGUAAGUCGCUUGUUUUCAUGAUAUAUAAAUACAUGCCUGGCUCCUUGUAUGCCACUUGCAUUGUUCCACCAAUAAUUGAUGGCCUUUUCAGAUGGCAUGCUAGGAGCCAUGCAUGCAUGUUGAGCUUCAAAUCAAGCAUUUUUUGAGUUGUUUUGAAAAUUUUCACUGGCAACUUUGACUCGCAUAAUCUUCUUUUUGUGAUUCUAACAGUUUGAGAUUGAGACGUAGUAGUUGUUAUAGUAUAAUAUUCAUUAGUGGCAAGUCUUGCCUAGUGAUGUACGACACAUGAUUUUAUGCAAGCAAUGGCCGUUCAUUGUCACAAUUCGGUUUGUAAUUGUGUUUAGGUCUAGGACUGCGAUCGUUUUAGGCUUUGAAUUAUCUCACAAAUUAAUAUUUAUUUUCUAUUAUUUUCAAGAAUUUUAUGCCUAUUUGUAUAUAUAUGUAUUGUUCUUUGUAAAUGUCAUCUACAUUCACAUAUAUAAGAAAAGUUUUUGCAAAAGGGUGUCACUGCCACUAGUCUUCCCCUUUCCCAGCACUCCACCCUAAUCAAAGGUAGGAGAAUGAGUUGGUGGCAGAGUUGGAUUCAGGAUUUAAUUCCUAUGGGUUCAACUUUCAAGAUUUUUAGCAUUGAAUCUAUUAUAUUUUUAAAGUUAUGGGUUCAUAUCUA